AUGCCACCUCCAGCCCCCUACGACCCGACUGGAAUCGAAUACUACGAGAUCCCAGACUUCUCUUUCUCCAGUGGAACAACCCUCCACGACGUCCGCGUCGCCUACCGCAGCUACAACGCCUCCUCGAGCGCUGGCGUAGUUCUCAUCCCCACCUGCUACGGUGGCCUCAUCAACACGACCCUAACAUUCACCCGACCCCCCUUUGACGCCUUAGCCGCAUACCAUGUCGUCGUUGUCGCCAUGCUCGGCAACGGCGAGAGUUCCUCCCCGUCUAACAAACCUUUCUUUCCCGAAGCCGGCGAGCUUCGAUACCAAGACGUUGUCGGGGCCCAACACCACCUCCUCACAGAACACCUGAAAAUCACCUCGCUAGAAGCCGUUAUCGGCUUCUCCAUGGGUGGCCAACAAGCGUACCACUGGGCCGUCAUGUACCCGGAUUUCGUCAGGCGGAUUGUCUCCAUCUGUUCCUCCGCCCGUACAAGCCUGCACAACUACGCAUUUCUCGAAGGACCAAUUGCCGCCCUAACUUCGUCCAUCGACUACAUCGCCUGGCGUGCCAUGAAGGCCAAAGCCGCACGGGGCGAGCAAGUGGGCGCAAAUCUCAAGGAAGUUGUGCCGAAAAAGGGCCUUGCCGCCUUCGCCCGCGCGUAUGGUGCCUGGCUGACCAGUGCCCAAUGGUUCCGCGACCGAGAAUUCACCCAGGGCGAUAUCCAAGCCGACAGCGUCGAACAGUGGAUGCGCUGGCGCGAAGAAGGCUAUAUGACAUGGGACGCCGAUGACUUGCUGGUUCUCGCGCGCAUGUGGCAGAUGGGCGAUAUUGGGACGGUCAUCCCUGACCCAGACACGAAAACGUUAAGCCAACUAGGCGGCCAAGUCCCGGACGACGCCGCAUAUACUAAAGCACUAGAGAGCAUCAAAGCCAAGGUCCUUCUUAUGCCGUGUCGGACGGAUCAGUAUUUCCCACCUGAAGAUUCGGAGAUUGAGAUGAAGACCCUGAAACACGGCACGUUGAAUGUGAUUGAGAGCUCGUGGGGACAUAUUGCUGGGGGAGGCGCGAAUCCGAACGAUGCCCAAUUUAUGAGUGAGAGAAUUGUUGAGUUUAUGAAGGAAUGA